AUGACUUGGGAAGAUGUGGUGAACAAGUUCUUGGUGAGAUUCUAUCCUCCUCAAAGAGUCAACAGAUUAAGGGCUGAGGUCCAAACAUUCAGGCAACAAGAUGGGGGAUCUCUAAACAAGAAGAAGACCAUUGAAGAGGCCAUAUACAUCAUAGAAACUGUGGCCAACAAUGAGUUUUUCUAUGUAUCUGACCGGAACAACAACCGAGGGGUAAUAGAGGUAAAUCAUAUGGAUGCACUACUGGCUCAAAACAAGAUGAUUACCAAGCAACUAGCUGACCUUACCAAGCAGAUGGAGAGGAAUCAAGUUGUAGCAAUCACCACCCCACCACCAGCUCAAGAAGGAGUAAACACAGAGGAAGGAGGUGACUGGGAACAAGCCAACUAUGUUAGAAAUUCAUCCAGACAGUCCCAUGAUCCAUACUCCAAGACUUACAAUCCUGGCAUAUGCAAGGAAGUCCAAGACAAUAGAGUGUUUAAGGAUGAAGUACGAGCCAAUAUAAAGAAUCAAAGAGACACCAUUAAGAGGCUCGAAUCUCAAGUAGGAUAUCUCUCUCAGCAGAUCCCUAAGCCUACUGACGGCUUCCCAAGUGAUACUGAGAAAAAUCCUAGAGGAGAGACAAAGAAAGUGAGAUGGGAAGAAUGCAAGGUGAUCACUGUAAGAGAUGAAGAGAGUUUGGAAGUAGUGAACAAGCCAUCAGAGCACUCUCAAGGUGUUCCAAAUGAGAAGCAAGAAGAGAGGGACCAAGAAACUAGUUCCAUACAAGGACAGGACCCAAAGGAGAAGGAGGUUCUGAACCUAUAUGCACCCAAGGCACCUUUUCCCCAGAGACUCAGGGGUGGUUCAAAGGAGAAAUCAUACUCGAGGUUCCUAGACAUCUUUGCAUCUCUCCAUGUAAACAUACCAUUCAUCGAGGCUCUCCAACAGAUGCCUUCAUAUAUCAAGUGCAUGAAGGAGCUAUUAACCAAGAAGAAUCCUCUGAAGGGUGGACAAACCAUAGUGAUGAAUAAAGAGUGCAGUGCCCUUAUUCAAAAGGAUCUGCCUACAAAAAAGAAAGACCCAGGGAGUUUUCACAUCCCUUGUGCUAUAGGAGAAACAAUUAUUGAUAGGGGACUUUCUGAUCUGGGAGCAAGCAUCAACUUAAUGCCUCUAUCCCUCAUGAAGAAGCUACAAAUUAAUGAGCUAACACCCACAUAUGUGAUCCUUUAA